GAUCUCUCUCUCAACUCUUGAUAAGGACAAACAUUCAAGAAGAGUCAACGAGCGAUUAACUCCCGAAAGCUUCCCUUCUCCUUUCCUGAUUUUCUCGCCCUAGUAAGCCUCUUAGGCUUCCACCCCCUGCCACUUAGGCUACCACAGCACUAUCAUUGGCAACUUGUGACGUGUGUUGUUGUACCGGGGUAAAAAAGGGUCAGGUCUCGACAUAAAUAUCGGGGCCGCGCUUUUUUCUGCCCGUGUUCAGCACAUACGGCUUAGAGGCGUCACCUUCACCACGCCUCCAACUACGAGAAAGCGCAAGGCGGCCCUGGCGGCGUCUCCCACUUCUACUACCGCCACCCAAUCUUGCAGCCGCUCACGAGCCGCCACCACAACCACCGCGGAUUCAUUUUUGGACAUUCCUGAUAGCGGAAGCGCUCGCAAGAGGCAGAAAAAGACUAGGAAACAGUGCCCUGAUUCUGCUGCCGAGUUGACUUCAACGAACUCAUUCAACUUCGAGAGGGAGGUGUCGGAAUCUCCGGCGAAGGUCGAAGCGUCUGAAUUUGUUACCUCAACGUCAACAACUAUGGAGUCUGAUGAUGAUUUCAUGAGUGUUGCAUCGAGUGCGGAUGAUUUCCUGGGCACUCAGGGUAGCGAUGAUGAAAGCUUAGGAGAUGAUUUCGGCGACGACUUCGACGGUGGGUUUUCCAAAGACAAAGAUAUAUUUUCGAAUACGCGGAAACCAUAUGAGGUGGACUUCAAAGUCCUUAGCCCGGAAGAUAUCGAACGUGAACAGAAUUUGCAGAUCAACGAAGUCUCAUCAAUACUCGGGCUGCCCCCAGAGUCGUCGGCAAUUUUGUUGCGAUUUGGCCGUUGGAAUCGGGAAAAACUGAUCGAGUCGUACAUGGACCACCCGGAAUUAACACUGGAGGAAGCAGGCCUCGGAACCAAUUUCGAGUCAACACCGAAGACUGAAGUGGUACCGGGUUUCACAUGUGAUAUCUGUUGCGAGGAUGGUGAUGAUCUUGAGACCUAUGCGAUGCGCUGUGGGCAUCGAUUCUGUGUUGACUGUUACCGACACUAUCUCGCGCAGAAGAUCCGGGAAGAAGGAGAGGCCGCGAGGAUACAGUGUCCGGGUAAUGACUGCCACAUGAUUGUCGAUUCAAAGUCGUUAAGCUUACUGGUUACGGACGAUCUCAAGGACAGAUAUCAAACGUUAUUAACGCGAACUUACGUUGAUGACAAGGAGAAUCUGAAGUGGUGCCCGGCUCCAAAUUGCGAGUAUGCAGUCGAUUGCCACGUCAAGCAGCGUGAGUUACAUCGCAUUGUACCCACAGUGCAAUGUGGUUGUAAGCACUACUUUUGCUUCGGGUGCACUCUGAACGACCACCAGCCUUCCCCAUGUAGACUAGUCAAAAUGUGGCUUCAAAAGUGCGAGGAUGAUUCGGAGACAGCCAACUGGAUUUCAGCAAACACUAAGGAAUGCCCUAAGUGCCAUUCAACAAUAGAGAAAAACGGCGGGUGCAACCACAUGACGUGCCGCAAAUGCAAGCACGAGUUCUGCUGGAUGUGUAUGGGCCUAUGGUCGGAGCAUGGCACGAGCUGGUAUAAUUGCAAUAGGUUUGAGGAAAAGUCAGGCGCCGAGGCUCGGACUGAACAGGCUCGUUCCCGAGCGUCUUUGGAGCGCUACCUACACUACUACAACCGAUACGCCAACCAUGAGCAGUCCGCCAAACUGGACAAGGACUUGUAUCUGAAAACGGAGAAGAAGAUGACGAGUCUGCAGUCUCAGUCAGGCCUCUCCUGGAUUGAAGUGCAGUUCCUCGAUACGGCGUCGCAGGCACUGCAGCAAUGCCGACAAACACUGAAAUGGACGUACGCCUUUGCGUACUACCUGGCCCGAAACAACCUGACGGAGAUUUUCGAGGAUAACCAGAAGGAUUUGGAGAUGGCGGUGGAGAGCCUCAGCGAGAUGUUUGAGAAGCCGGUGGGAGAACUGGCGAAUCUCAAGGUCGACAUCUUAGACAAGACAGCAUACUGCAACAAGCGGCGAGUCAUCCUGCUGAGCGACACAGCAGAGAAUCUGAAGAACGGGGUUUGGCAAUUCAAUGUUGAAUGGUAGACCUAGAGUCGUAUAGAUUUAGCGAGCAUGCUUGA